AAAUAUCUGUGGAUUCCUUUCGCAUAUUAGGUCUAAUGAAUUUUCUGUAGUUCAUUUGGUUCCAGACUCGUAGUUCCUAUAACAGAAUUCCGGGCGGAAUACGAGGUUAUGUUGAGUGUUGACCAAUAUUUACAAAGGUACUCUUCUCGUAGAUAUCAACAACCCUUAUUUACAGUAUAAAAAUGUUUUGUGUUGCCAAGUUAUGUAAAACUACAGCUAUUCGCUUCGCUUCCGUGUCGACUACAUCCUUGCUGAAAAAACCCCAAAAUUUAAUACCUCGCGAAUUGCGAAGAGGCGCUUUCAAUAACUGUACAGCCCGAAGUACAGUGUUGAAGAAGUUUCUGCAUUCGCGUUUAUGUAGUGAGGCGGGCGUUAUAUCUACAAGGUUAAAAUCGAAUGCAGUCGCAAGGUACAAGAAAGCGAUCGGAUAUUGGCUGUUGACUAGUAGCGGAAUGGUAUUCGUGGCUGUAAUUUUAGGUGGUGUUACUCGUUUAACUGAGUCUGGUCUGUCAAUGGUUACAUGGAAACUCUUAGGCGAAAGAAUGCCAAGAACCGAGGAGGAGUGGAUAGCAGAAUUUAGCAAAUACAAACAAUUUCCAGAGUUUCUACUUCAAAGGCCUGACAUGACCCUUACGGAAUUUAAAUUCAUUUAUUUCAUGGAAUACGCGCACAGAAUGUGGGGGCGUGCUAUUGGUGCAGUCUUCCUUUUGCCUGCUGUAUUUUUCUGGACUAGAGGCGCUUUUACACCUCAAAUGAAAAUUCGCAUCUCUGCAUUUGGCGGGCUAAUCCUAGCUCAAGGUUUAUUUGGGUGGUAUAUGGUCAAAUCUGGCUUGGAGAAAAAGGAUGAUGAUAAUACUGUAGUAAGAGUGUCGCAAUAUCGACUGGCAACACACUUGAGCUUAGCAUUUGUGUUAUAUAGCUUAUUCUUAUGGUCGUCUUUGGAUCAUCUACUGCCAGCUGAAACUAUUUCCAAUAUAAGCAACAAUGCAAUUAAGAACGCACGUAAAUUUCGCAUGUUUGCCCAUAGUUGUAAAGGAAUGGUGUUUUUCACUGCAGUUUCAGGUGCUCUUUUGGCGGGUAUCGAUGGAGGAUUAGUGUAUAACUCGUUUCCAAAAAUGGCUGACAAAUGGAUACCUGAUGAUAUUUUAGCAUAUAAGCCUACUUUAAAGAACUUCACUGAGAACCCCACUACAGUACAGUUCGAUCACAGAAUUCUCGGCAUCACAACAUUAACUUUAAUUUCAACAUUAUGGAUACUGUCAAAGCGUCGCACUUUGCCACCUAGAGCAUAUAUUGCCACUAAUGCUCUUGCAACUAUGGCUUGGCUACAGGUCAUUUUGGGAAUAUCAACUUUACUCAUGUAUGUACCAGUUCCUUUAGCCGCCAGUCACCAAAGUGGGUCACUAGUUCUUUUGUCACUGGCUGUUUGGUUAACACACGAAUUAAAGCGAUUACCAAAAAUUUAGUAAUAGUAGUAGUACAAUUGUAAGUGAAAAAUCUUGUUUAAUAAAAAUGCACUGUUUAUAUUAGCA